AUGGCAAGGAUCAAGAAGAAAGCCGCUGCGAUAUGCUGCUGCGCGCUGCUGGCGGCGUUCCUCCUGCUCGGCGCCGCCCUGUUCGCCGCGCUCUACUUUGCGGUGCUCCGCCCGCGCCCGCCGCGCGUGGUGGCGACGAGGGUGGACACGCAGCUCGGCGCGUUCAGCGUCCUCCCGCCGGCGCUCAACUUCUCCCUGGCCAUCGACGUGACCGUGCACAACCCGAGCCACGCGCCGUUCCGGUACGGCGAGGUGGCCACCGCGGUGACGUACCGCGGCGCGGCGGUGGGGCGGUCCGCCGUGCCUGCCGGGAAGAUCAGGGCGCGGUCCACCAGGAAGGUCGGCGCGCGGGUGCAGGUUGACACGGCGAGGGUCAUCCGAAACGGGCACUACGUGGUGGACGUGGUCGCCGGCGCGCUGCCCUUCGAGGCCAAGACGGCGGUGGUCGGGAAGGACGCGGCGCUCUGGCCGUUCGGGGUGAGCGCGGACGCCGAGGUGGCCUGCAGCGUCAUCCUGUACCCGUUCAAGAGGCAGAGCAGCUCGCACUGCACCUACACGGUUCGUGUCACCUGA